UCGAUUCAGUUCGCGCGCUCCUACAGACCUACCGGCUGACGCUUAAUGCUUGGAUUGUGCCGUGAGUGUGAUUAAUGAAAUGGAAGAUAUUAAUUAUUUCCCCCGUGGAAUUAGUCCAAGUGAAGACAGUGUUGUGAGUUCUCGAGCCUUUAACACCGUGAGAAUAGCCAUGUUGGAUGCAAUAUGAAUACUAACUUAUUUGACAAAAUGGAAAUACAGUCCUGGAGAAGGCGAAAAAUAUGACAGACAUCGAAGGGACUAAGAAGCUCUCUUCUCAGGAUGGGCGAGGGUGCACGUCUGGCCUUAACGAAAAGUGGAGAAUAGUUUUGAACGUUACCAUUCUCAGUGGAGCAUUCAUGGUGCAAUUCACGGCCUACGAGGGUACAGCGAACUUGCAAAGUUCAAUAAACGCAGGAUUGGGUCAAAUUAGCCUCGCUGCGAUUUACGGCAGUGUUAUCCUGAGCAGCGUGUUCGUCCCUGUUGUUGCGAUCAAAUAUUUAGGAUGCAAAUGGACAAUGGCCCUCUCGUUGAUAACGUACAUGCCAUACAUAGCUGCCCAAUUUCACCCCACAGCUUACACAUUGAUACCGGCCGCCGUUGCUGUUGGACUGGGUGGUGCUCCUCUCUGGUGUGCCAAGUGCACGUACUUGACGGUAGUUGCGGAAGCGUAUUCGAAUUUGACCGGUAUACCAGUGGAUGUCAUCGUGGUGCGCUUCUUCGGUAUUUUCUUCAUGUUUUUUCAAUGCGCCCAAAUCUGGGGCAACCUCAUUUCCUCGUUGGUCCUGUCAAGAGGAACCUCGAGUGGCAAUUCCUCGACCGUGGGAGCCGUCGGAGGUAUCUGCGGUAUAAACUUUUGUCCGGAACAUGCGACGAAAGAGACUUUGCCAGCACCCAGCAUAGAGAAGAUUAACAUGAUAGCUUUCAUCUAUUUGGGAUGCAUGAUCUGCUCUGUUCUUAUAGUCGCACUCUUCGUAGAUUCAACCGCUAAGUACGAUAAGGAUAGACGAGGAAGUGGCACAGGACUCACGGGAUUCCGACUACUUUCUGUCGUCUUGAAAUUACUUAGCCAGAGAAAUCAAAUUCUUAUUCUGCCGAUUACAAUAUGGUUGGGUAUGACGCAUGUUCUUCUCGCAGCUGAUUUCACGUCUGCUUACGUUACCUGCGCCUGGGGUGUCAGCAAAGUGGGUUACGUCAUGAUAUGCUAUGGCGUUUUCAAUGCCUUUUCAGCCAUCACUAUGGGUUGGCUGACCAAGAUAACUGGAAAGCUAGUGGUAGUUGGCGGCGCCACUGUCAUUCAUCUUGGAUUAUUUGCAUUUCUCUUGAAUUGGAUACCGCGUGGAAGGGAGAACGAAUUGUAUAUACUCCUUCUCGUUACUGGACUCUGGGGAGUUGCUGAUGGUGGAUGGUAUGUUCAGAUAAACGCAAUGUACGGUAUCCUGUUUCCCGAACAGAAAGAGGCUGCCUACUCGAAUCUUCGUAUAUGGAAAUCAUUGGGUUACGUUAUUGCUUAUUUGUACAGUGCUCAGUUGUGUACGCAAGUGAAAAUUUACAUUGCGGGUAGUUUGCUGGUAUUAGGUACUGCUGGACUCGUCAUUGCGGAGCGGAGCGUUGCUCGCAAGAAAAAAGGCUAAUUGCGUCAAUAUUUAUGUGUCUUAAUAUUGAAUAUAUAUAUAUAUGUAUAUAUGUGUAUCUUCAAAAAAAUAUUUUUUUACGCGUACCGUACGCUGAUAAAUAUAUUGUCGUGAUGUCUGUAAACAAAUAAAAUUUUUAUUGUCGGAAAAUUUAUUGUUGGUAUUUGGUAUAGAUUUUCCACGUUAAAGUAUUCAAGUCUUUCUGAACAACAUAGACGUCGAUUAUGAUAUCAAUAUUGCCUGGCGGAUACAACGCGUAUUUCCGUACUACGUUUUAUCGAUACUUUCUUCAUCCAGAGUCAUGUUAUUCUUACGUUACAUAAAGUGCCAGUACUGAAAUUGUUACGGAAAUGAUCUUCUUUUUAUGUAUAAGAAUAUAUUCCAGGCUGUCAAACUAGUUUUACG